AUGGAGAAUCCUCAUGCAGAGCGUCAAGCAGUCCUUCUGGAGCGUAUAGUGAAAAACACGGAGAAGUGCACAGAGGCUAUACUUGAACUCAAUCAUUGCAUGGAGGAAAUCCUCCGAGCGAACGCCUAUGUGAAAACUGCCGCCGACCUCUCAGUUAAAUAUCGCAAGAAUGUACAGUACAAUCUCGAAGCGACGAAGGGAUUGAACGAUUGA